AUGAAUACGACGGAAACGGAUGUAACGUCGGAAGCGGAGGGGUUCUUCGUCGAACAGAAACGGAAGUGCGGCGAAUUGAUGAACGAAUAUCUGAACGUAACAUUGGAGAAUGGUAGCCCACGAUUUCACCAUUGCCCCCCGUCGUUCGAUGGACUGCUAUGCUGGCCGUACACCAAGGCAUCGACCACUGCGAUUUUACCCUGCCCUCCCGAAUCCGAUUUCGACUCGAACAAUCGUGCAUUCGCGAUGGCCAGCAAGCUUUGCCUCGCCAAUGGUCGAUGGUACCAGAACACGGAAGAGAUUCCAUGGAGCAAUUACAGUUUGUGCGAAUUGUCCGACGAGUUCACAGCUCGUUACCUCAUGGAGACCAUCGCCGAUUUGGGAAUUGGAAUGACGCAUUCGCGAGAUUACGGGAACUUUGAGUCUUUUCUACUGGACACAUGGUUGCCCAUCGUCAGGAUCGUUUCCCAGAUAGGAUACGCCACAUCCUUUACCAUGUUGAUUAUUGCAAUGAUAAUAUUUUCUCUGCUCAGAAAGCUUCGAAAUCCAAGGAACAGAUUACACAUGCAUCUGUUUGCAUCUUUCAUCAUGAGAGCGUUUAUGGCAUUGAUCAGAGACUGGAUUUUCGUCGAUGGCGUAGGUUUAGCUGUGGACGUGGUCUACGUGGACGAGAAGAAUGCUUUUAUCAAGCAACGAAACUUCCAGACGUUGAUCUGCAAGACGAUCACCAGCGCCUGGCAAUUCUUCAUCGUGGCUAAUUAUUCCUGGAUUCUUAUGGAAGGGUUAUAUUUACAUAACUUGGUUGUGUUGGCGUUUUGCGCCGACAGCGCAGCGAUUAAUCUAUACAUUCUAAUGGGAUGGGGAUUGCCUGUUUUCGUGGUUGUUCCUUGGAUAAUUAUUCGUGCCACGAUCGAGGAUACACUUUGCUGGACCACCCACGAUAAUCCUUCUGUGUUCCUGCUUAUAAGAAUACCCAUCAUGAUAUCGACCUUAUUCAAUUUCCUGCUGUUCAUCAACAUAGUACGCGUGCUUUUCAUCAAAUUCAAAACUUCGGUGCACUUGCAACGUAAGAAGAUGCAGUACAGCAGGUGGGCGAAAUCUACGUUGGUCUUGGUGCCUCUGUUCGGGGCUCAUUAUACUCUUUUCCUGGGUCUUUCUUAUCAUAAGGAUCAUCGUGUGGAAUUAGUCUGGCUCUUCUGUGAUCAAUUCUUCGCCUCUUUCCAAGGUUCAUUCGUGGCUUUAUUGUACUGUCUGCUAAACAUUGAGGUGAGGACAGAAAUAAAACGUGCAUGGCAAGCCAGAUGGUCGAAGAACGUGAACAUCUUCGUUUCCAAUUGCCGGGAACCAAGGAAAAGAAUGUCGAAUCGGCAUUGCAGACAAUCGAACGAUUACGAGCAACCGACAGUUUCUGGCACGACCAUGAGGAAUUUGUUCACCUUGCAGUCCGAAAGAAGAUCGAACAACGAUUAUUGGCCGAAUGUGUUAGAAAUGGAAACGGGAUAAAAAGAAAAGAAUCGUAUCGUUUCUCGAUUAAUGAAAAAUUUCUCGAUUAAUCUCUGUAUAUUGAUAGAGUAUCUUUUGUGUCCGACGUGGAUGAUUCUAUAGAAAUUCACUGACUAGUAUUGUGACAUUGCACUUGACAACUAUUUAAGGCUAGAUCCAAAAGCGUUUUGGGAAGAGGGAGAAAACGAAAUAUGCAAAAGUAUAUUUUUUAAUUUAUUUCGUAAACAGAUAUCUAAAGGAAAAUGUUGUAAAAUAAAAGAUAUUUCGACUAAAACGCGAAUAGUAGCUCUUAGCUCGGUAUUUUCUAAAGAUUAUCUUUAGAGAAUGAUGCUCCUUUCUAAAGAUAAUCUUUAGAAAAUGAUACCGAUUACCAGGUCACGCCACGUGGAGGUGGCUACUAUAGUGACCCACCCUGAAAUCAUAAAAUUCCUCGAAGCAGACAACAUUAAAUACCAAUUUAAACGAUGAAAUUCGGUAAAAAUUGAGAAAAUAAUAAUUCAAGAAUAAAAUCCUGUGACAGAAAACAAUUAUUAAGAUCAAAACUUAAGCAACAAUUUCAAGAAUAAAAUUCUGAA